AUGUCGCCAGUCAAGGUUCUUCUUCUGGGUGCAACUGGGCAUACUGGCCGUUCGAUCCUGGAUGGGCUUACAGAAAAUGGCAAUUACUCGAUAGAACUCUUUGUGCGGCCCUCUUCGGUAGAGAAACCAGCAGUGAAAGAUCUGGCUCAGAAUGGUCUCCCGAUCCGUGUGGGAGACCUGGAUGGGCCUGUCGAAGACCUUGUAUAUUUGCUUUCUGGAUUCGACCUGGUAAUUAGCGCAAUCGAUGCUCUCUCACAGUUGGCCCAAAUCACCCUUGCCAAAGCUGCCAAAGAGGCGGGCGUCGGGCGAUUCAUUCCUUGUGGCUUCACAAUUGUCUGCCCCCCCGGGUGUUAUGCUGUUGCGAGAUCAGGUAAGACGAAAGAGGAAGUGUACCAGUACCUGAAAGAGCUGCGUCUGCCGUUUACGAUCAUUGAUGUCGGAUACUGGUAUCAACUUUCGUUUCCAACCCUACCGUCUGGGCGAGUUGAUUAUGCAACUCCUCUCGUACCUAAUGUCACUAUUCACAAUGAUGGGCUGGCUACAAAUCUAUUGACGGAUCUUCGGGAUAUCGGGAGAUUUGUGGCUCGCAUUGCUACCGACAAUCGAACAUUGAAUCAGUAUGUCUACACAUACGGUGAUCUUCUAUCAGAAAUGGAAAUCUUCGGUAUGAUGGAAGAAAUUUCGGGCGAAAAGAUUGAACGAAGGAGUGUUUCCACCCAGGAAAUAGAGAGUGCUAUGCAGAGAGCACAGGAUGCGUACAGUGUCGAUAGCAAGAGCAUGGGAAACUUGUUUGCGCUCUACGUUGCGCAAUACAACUACAGCAAAUAUGUCCGAUGCGAUAACACUCCGCAGGGGGCAGAGGCUCUCGGAUAUCUCAGCGCUCGCGAGCUCUAUCCGGAGUUUCAACCCACCAAAUUCGUAGAUUUUCUGAAAGAGGUUCUUGAUGGAAAAGGAGUGAACCCUUAUGCCUAG